AGAUCUUUCUGAAACUAGCAUUAGUUACUUGCCUAUCAAGGGCCUGGAGGAGUUGGAAGUGCUGAAACUAGUUGAAGUCUACCCACUCAAAGUAUUCCCGUCUGUCUACCACUUCAAGUACAUCAAAGAAGCAUACUUGACCUAUCCUUACCAUUGUUGCGCUUUCAAAUUCCCAGCAACGCACGAUCCUGAAGAGUUCUCGAAGUAUUUAGCCUUCAAAGAAAACAUGGAAAAUAUGUACUGUAAGCAAAAUCCUACGACAACAACUCCUUCCACAAAACCAACAACGGACGAUGAUGCUAAUAGAAAAGUUCGUAUUGUUAAACGUGAAUACGUUAAGAAAGGCCACACUGUUAAUUUAAAAAACAAGCAAAAUUUCUCUUAUUUUUCUAAAACUGAGCCUCAACGCGAAACUCAAGUGAAUUAUUCUCAGUCAAGAGGUAGACACCGUAAGCACAGACGGCAUUUAAUUUCUCUUUUACCUAUUAAAUUAGGCAGUAUGUCCAGAAAGACAAGGGAAAAUGACGAAACAAAAAUAAAUGACUUAAUAAGUAAAAGAAAUAAUACACAGAAAACACGAUCGUCAAAGAACUGGAUUCGCCAUACAGCAGAAUGGGGUGGAUUAUCUAAAUCUGAAAAAUCAGUGUAUCAUGAUUACUGGUUCAAUGUCUCUGAAUCUGAAGACUUCUUCGGCAGCCACAUAUCAUCAAAGAGGCGGAAGCCUAGCUCGCAGAAAAAUACGCUGGAUAACCCAUUUGAAGGCGUAUUUCAUGGCACUACUGUUGAUGUUAUCUCAGAAGUGGAACUUGAAGCCUUCUGCGGUCAGCUAUCUAAAAACUACAGAGAUGUCGAAUGUUUUCCAUCUCCUGAUGCCUUUAACCCUUGCGAAGAUGUCAUGGGUAAUAUGUUGCUCAGAGUAGUGGUGUGGAUAGUCGUCGUCACAUCCGUCAUGGGCAACGUAGCUGUCAUGGUAGUGCUUAUGAGUACUGGUGCCUGCAAUAGCGUUUCCAAGUUCCUCAUGUGCAAUUUAGCUUUUGCAGAUUUCUGCAUGGGUUGCUAUUUGCUAAUGAUAGCAGCGAUGGAUCUUCACAGUAUGGGCACGUAUUUCAACUACGCGAUUGACUGGCAACAUGGAUACGGAUGCCAGAUAGCAGGUUUUUUGACUGUUUUCGCCACUGAAUUGUCUAUUUACACUCUAACUGUUAUUUCUAUUGAACGCUGGUAUGCUAUUACUUACGCCAUCAAUUUAAACAAACGACUGAAGAUGCGCAGAGCUGCUAACAUCAUGUCCAUGGGAUGGAUCUUUGCUCUCACCAUGGCUUUCCUGCCGCUAGUGAAUGUAAAUGGCUACUCUCGUACAAGCAUCUGUCUCCCGAUGAAGAACCAACAGACAGAGGAUGUAGUAUACCUCAUGAUUUUGCUUUUUACUAAUUCCAUGGCUUUUCUGUUUAUUUUCUUCUGUUAUGGUAAUAUGUACAUGACAGUCAUACGACAUCAGAGUAAGGCCACUGCAAAUGAUAUGGCAGUAGCUAAACGAAUGGCAAUGCUCGUGAUAACUGACUUCUUAUGUUGGGCUCCAGUAGCGUUUUUCGCCACUACGGCAGUGGCAGGUUACCCGCUUAUUGAUGUGACCAACUCGAAGAUUCUUCUGGUGUUCUUCUACCCCUUAAAUUCAUGUGCUAAUCCAUUUCUGUACGCCAUCUUCACCACUCAAUAUAGACGUGAUUUUUUAAUCUUGCUCAAGCGUUGCGGUUGUUGUAAUGAAUGGACGCGAAAGGAAAAAAAUCGCCAUUCUUCAUGUAAUGUUCCCCCUUUGCAGUUCUCUAGCGGUACCAGGUAUUGGAAUCAGAAUAAUUCACAGUCUUCUCAGAUGUCCACCGAUAAUUCUAUGAAAGUCCUUCGUCCAAGUGAUCUCAGCAGUCAACAGGAUGUGUUUUCAACUUCCGGUUGGGAAGACCAGGAAGCAGAUGAUGCCAUUCACCUAUGGAAAACAGUUCGUCACUUCCGCGAAUCAACAUCUAGUGACGACAGUGGCCAGUGCUGCAAAAACUAUAGCAGCAGUUCUCACAGUACAACACACAGAGGAUCUCCACAUCCAGUCAAAAAUCGCUUUGUGCAUUUAGAUAUACCAGCCGUAAUCAGUCCAGACGACUGCGAGUUUCACACAACUAAAAUGUAAUUAUUCAUAAUCGUAGGACAUUUUCCUACUGUCAUCCAGGUAAAACAUGGUAGCCAUGAGCUAUACGUUUAUAAUUGUUAUUAUUAUUAAUAAUCAUUCAUGAGUAUAAUAAAUCAGUGUGAAACUUUUUGGGUGUACUUGAUAAUGAUACAAAAAUGUAAAAUGUUUUAUCAAGUUUCAUAAAUGUUUUUCAUGAAAUUAAGCUUUAAAUAUAAUAUAAUUUUCAUAAAUGAUGAUACGGAACAUCUUGGAUAUAAAAUCGCUUUGUAAAGAUAAGAAGACCUUUUUUAAAAAAUUAAAUUUAAGCUUAAAUGUCAUAGAAACCAAAAUUAUGUUUAUUCUGCUUUCCUCAAGAAAAUAUCCUUACCUCUCUGUGUUCACUUUUUCCGUCGUUCUGUUUAACUUCGAUUAUUCAGACUGCCUUUAUCCAAAGAUCCAGUUAUCCACAUCGCUUUUUGUCCUUUCUGAUUCAGUAAAUUUCAGUUUGCUUUUAAUUUAUUUACAUGUGUUUAAUUGUUUCCUCAACUUUGUAAUACAAGCAUUUAUUAAUUUAUAUUAGUUUUAGUUGUUAUUUACGGAUUUUUUGUGUGAAUAAAGUAUGAUAGCUUAGUUUCAGUUGAAUAGAAAUAUGCUAUGCAUUUUUUUACUUAAAUUAAUAUGAUUCUAAUUCUCAGUUCCUUAUUCUUCUUUUAAUUUAAUACAGGUAAAACAAAAACGGAAUUAUGUGUUUAGAUUAAAGGCCUAUAUAAAUAAUAAAAUUAAUUUUACUGCUUUAGUUUAGCUGAAAUGAAAAUGAAAUUUGCGCUUGGGAAAUAAAAAACUACUUCUUUGCUAAUUUUGUCUUAAAAAGAGCGUUUCAAUUUUAUUUUAAUAUAAAAAUAACACUUAGUAAGCCUGAUGUUGUUUACCGCCUCCCUAAAAUGAGAAUUUCUAAAAGCGGUCAGUAUUUCUGAGAGCAUAAAAGGAACACCGUAUUGAACGUCACCUUCCUAAGUCAACCAUUUCCAUAGAUGACCAAAAUGAUCUAGAUUCGUGAGUAGUAGUUUCAGAGAGGUUUCACGACCUAUUUUUUUUUAAUUGAAUAUGCUUUUUUUCAAAUAAAAUACAAUAAAUGAUAAUUCUAAAUUUCUACCCUUGCAUUUCAAUAAAUAUGUAUUUAAGUUGCGGGCAAAAAAUAUCCGUAUUUCCCAUUCUUCGGAUGGGUUUUUAACAAGAUAAUUUAAGUUCUACUAAAUAAUGGGAUUUUAAACUAUUUGCUACCAGUUCAAUGAAAUAAAAAUUUGUAGAAGAAUGCCAUUAUAUGUUUGGUAAGAAAGUAUUUAGUAAAUAAAACUGGCCACAUUAUUCGGUAAUUUUGAAUUACAUUUAAAAUGUAAGUAUAAAGAAAUAUUGAUAUCUAAUAUUGAUAUCUAAGUUAUAAAAGUUCAUGUUUAAGAAAGCAGAUUUCUCUUUAAAACCUGGGAUUAUUAUUAUGGAACUUUAGUUUUCUUUUGUCUUUUUUAAAAUGACAAUAAAGGAAUUAAUUUCUUUUUCACUAAAACAGCAACAAGAAAUCAGACACUAGUAAUAAAAGAUUUUUUAAAAUACAUUUUUAAUUUUAUUAAUAUUGAGCAAAAUUAUUAAAAUAAAAUUUUAUUCACAAGAGAAUCGGUUAAAAAAUAUAAGAAGUUAAAAAGGGCUAAUA